AUGGAGCGCAAUAUCGAUAUUUACUCCAGCAAAUUGGGGGAUGAGAAGCUGGACGUGAAAGUCAGAGCAAAUGUCGCAACGGAGCUGCGCGACAGCAUCGAGCCGCUUUGCCAGGGAGCAAGCUACCCCGUGUUCUUGGCAAAGCUAUGGCCUGUUUUCAAAACCAUUUUGAAAGGAGAUCCAGUCUUUUUCAGCAUGUCAUAUGAGCAGAAACUCCGAAACUGUAUCCUCGAAACCCUUCACCGAUUACCGACAGCCUCCCCCGAUGUCGAACCGUACGCUGCGGACAUGGUGGAUGUGUUGAUGGACCUCGCGCGCAUUGAGAACGAAGAAAAUGCGGUCCUGUGUAUGAAGACAAUCAUGGAUCUGGAGCGAAAUCAGGCAAAGGCUACCGCGGCACGGGUGCAGCCUUUCUUGGAGCUCAUUCAAGAGAUGUUCCAGACCAUGGAUCAGGUGGUCCGGGAUACCUUCGACACUCCUAACCAAGCGACACCAUCCGGUAUGCCUUCAACACCGAACGCCAGCGCACCAAACUUCCAAUCUCCUCGACCGAGCUCUCCUGCCACCUCUGUGUCAGACCUGGGCCCUGACCAGCAGGCAAGCAAUGUGAUCCUGAAGGGAAUGCAGUCGUUCAAGGUUCUAGCUGAAUGCCCUAUCAUCGUCGUUUCAAUCUUCCAAACCCAUCGCGCUUCAGUUGCGCAGAAUGUCAAGCUUUUUGUGCCGCUUAUCAAAUCGAUUUUGCUUCUGCAGGCCAAACCGCAAGAAAAGGCACACACAGAUGCUGCGAACCAGGGCACAAUAUUCACUGGGGUUUGCAAAGAGAUCAAGAACCGCGCGGCAUUUGGGGAGUUUAUUACUGCCCAAGUGAAGACAAUGAGCUUUUUGGCUUAUCUGCUUCGCCUAUAUGCCCACCAACUGCAGGAUUUUCUUCCCACGCUGCCAUCCGUUGUUGUCCGACUUCUCCAAGAUUGUCCUCGAGAGAAAUCUGGCGCUCGGAAGGAGUUGCUUGUGGCGAUCCGACAUAUCAUCAACUUUAAUUAUCGAAAGAUCUUCCUCGAGAAGAUCGAUGAACUUCUCGACGAGCGCACUCUUAUCGGUGAUGGCCUCACCGUCUACGAGACUAUGCGCCCCUUGGCGUAUAGCAUGCUUGCCGAUCUGAUCCACCAUGUUCGAGAUCAUCUUAGCCGUGACCAAAUCCGUCGGACUGUUGAAGUUUAUACCAAGAACCUGCAUGAUGACUUCCCAGGCACAAGUUUCCAAACGAUGAGUGCCAAGCUGCUCUUGAACAUGGCCGAGAAGAUUUCCAAGCUUGAGGAUAAGCGCGAGGCUCGCUAUUUCUUGAUCAUGAUUUUGGAUGCUAUUGGAGACAAAUUCGCCUCUAUGAACCAUCAGUUCAACAAUGCGGUGAAGGUGUCUAAGGCCUACAAGGAGUCUCGGAAGGACGAACCAAGCCCCGAAAACUACCUUGCGGAGAAGGACCAGCCGCCUGACUGGGAUGAAAUUGACAUCUUCUCUGCGUCUCCGAUCAAGACCUCCAGCCCCCGCGACCGUGGCGGAGACCCUGUUUCGGACAACAUUUUCCUCUUCAGGAACCUAAUUAACGGCUUGAAGAACAUCUUCCACCAGUUGAAGAACUGCAACCCAGACGAUAUCCAGAUUGACCCCAACAGUGUGCCCAUCAACUGGUCCGAGGUAUCCUAUGGGUACAAUGCCGAGGAAGUUCGGGUCAUCAAGAAGCUCUUCCAUGAGGGUGCGCGUGUCUUCCGCUACUACGGCGUGGACCAGUCUCCCCCUGAGAUGAACUAUUCUUCUCCAUUCGACUUCCUUGCUAGUCAGUACACAGCUCCCAUGUCACGAGAAGAGAAAGAGCUUCUGGAAAGCUUCGGCACUGUCUUCCACUGCAUCGACACUGCAACAUUUCACGAGGUCUUCCAUUCGGAAAUCCCCUACCUUCAUGAACUCAUGUUUGAGCAUGGGGCUCUACUGCACCUUCCACAAUUCUUCCUCGCCAGUGAAGCGACCUCGCCAGCAUUUUCAGGAAUGGUGCUGCAGUACCUCAUGGAGCGUAUCCAUGAGGUUGGAACCUCGGAUAUGACCAAGGCGAAGAUUCUCCUCAGGAUGUUCAAGCUUUCGUUCAUGGCUGUGACCCUUUUCUCUGUGCAGAACGAGCAGGUUCUUCACCCCCAUGUGACAAAGAUCGUCACCAAGUGUAUUGAGCUGUCAGUCACGGCCGAGGAACCUAUGAACUACUUCCUUCUCUUGCGUUCACUGUUCCGUAGUAUUGGCGGUGGACGUUUCGAGCUUCUUUAUAAGGAGAUUCUUCCUCUUUUGGAGAUGCUGCUGGAAACGUUCAAUAAUCUGUUACUGGCUGCUCGGAAGCCCCAGGAGCGGGAUCUCUACGUUGAGCUGACCUUGACCGUUCCUGCACGAUUAAGCCACCUUCUGCCUCACCUGAGUUACCUCAUGCGACCAAUUGUGGUUGCCUUGCGCGCCGAUUCUGACCUUGUCGGCCAAGGUCUUCGCACACUCGAGCUUUGCGUGGACAACUUGACAGCCGACUACCUCGAUCCAAUCAUGUCUCCCAUCAUGGACGAACUGAUGACUGCGCUUUGGGACCACCUCCGACCCCACCCAUACAACCACUUUCAUGCUCACACCACUAUGCGCAUCCUCGGAAAGCUAGGUGGUCGUAACCGCAAGUUCUUGAACCACCCACCGGAGUUGUCGUUCCAACAGUACUCCGAUGACAACCCAAGUUUCGACAUUCGACUUAUUGGUCCGAGCGAAAAGCGGCCUUUUCCUGUGGACACUGGUAUCGACCUGGCUAUUGGCAAACUCAUGGAGGCAUCCAAGCCAGCAACACCCAAGGCCUCGGAGAUCUACUACAAGCAGCAGGCUUACCGUAUGGUGAGCUCGCACCUCAAGCUUCAGAUUGGAUUCGAGAAUCUUCCUGAUGACUUGGCUCCUCUGAUUCGUCUUCACGCCAAUGAUCUAUUUGAGGGCAAGGCUGGUGCUAUGGUUGACAUUCUCGAGAAAUCCGAGAGAUCAGCAUCUAUCCCGAAAAAAGUGGCGCAGGAAGCCACGGUGAAGAAGCUCCUCAAGGCCUGUAUUUUCGCUACUACCGUCUCGGAACUUGAGCCAGCUGCGUCUGCCUUUGUCGCCGAUGUUUGCAAACAUUUUGCCAUCGUCGAGGUCGGCCGGGCUCUCGCCCAGGCCCGCCACAACCGUAAGCCUUUCGAUGUGGCGAACGGAGAGGGACCAGUUUACCUAGACUCUCGGGUCCUGGCUGAGGCCAUUGUCGAGUGCCUUUCGUCUGACAGCGUCCAUGUUCGGGAGGCUGCGGAACAGGCAAUGCUUGUCGUGAAGGAAGCUGCUGGUAUCAUGUUUGGAGCUCCAGAGAAAGCUUCUAAGCUUCCAUUCUUUCAGCACUUAGGCAGGGUGUUCUGUCAUAGCUGCCACAGUGAAGAGUGGUUCACAAAGGCUGGUGGAAGUUUGGGCAUCAAGCUCCUGGCAACCAAACUGGAGCUCGGAGAUUCUUGGCUCUAUGAGCGACAUGUUGAAUUCUCUCGCGCUCUUCUUUAUGUCAUCAAGGACACACCCGCCGACCUCCCUGCCUCCACCCGUGUCCAGUCUCAGGAGACCAUGACUUUGAUUCUUCAGCGCUGUGGCAAGCUUAUUCCCAAGGAGGACCUCAAAAAUGAGAAGAGCCGUCUGUUCUCCCUCUGCGGGCUUUUCGUCUAUGAGCUUGGCCAUAUGAACAAGCAUGUUCGAGAGACAUCCAAGCUCUGCUUCGCCACUUUGAAGGUGGAACUGGGCUGCGAAGUGCACGAGCUUAUUCAUCCUGUUAGAGAUCGCCUUCUCCAGUCAAUUUUCAACAAGCCCCUGCGUGCCUUGCCUUUCGCCACGCAAAUUGGCUUCAUUGAUGCCAUCACUUAUUGCUUGAGCCUGCACAAUGAAAUUGUGAGCUUCAAUGAGCCGUUGAAUCGACUGAUGCUGGAGUCUCUCGCCCUUGCGGACGCUGAUGAUGACUCGCUUGCUUCCAAGCCGAAUGAAUUCAAGAAUGCCGACAUGAUCGUGAAUUUGCGUGUCGCUUGCUUACGCCUCCUGUCCAUGGCUAUGAAUUUCCCUGACUUUGCGAACACUCCGCAGAAUACUAGUCGCGCCCGAAUCAUCUCCGUCUUUUUCAAGUCCCUCUACUCGCGCGCCUCAGAGGUCAUCGAAGCUGCGAAUGCUGGUUUGAAGGAUGUUCUCACCCAGACCAACAAGCUGCCGAAAGACUUGCUCCAGAAUGGUCUACGCCCGAUUCUCAUGAACCUGCAGGAUCCCAAGCGCCUAAGUGUUGCCGGUUUGGAUGGCCUGGCUCGCCUCUUAACACUCUUGACCAAUUACUUCAAGGUCGAGAUUGGUGCCCGUCUUCUGGACCAUAUGAAGAUCAUUGCAGAUGAUGCCACAUUGCAAAAAGUAUCAUUUAGCCUUGUCGAGCAGAAUCCCUCCAUGAAGAUUGUGGCCGCGAUAUUUAAUAUCUUCCAUCUCCUUCCCCCAGCCGCCACAUCGUUCAUGGAGAACCUUAUCGACAAGGUUCUUGAUCUCGAGAAGAAGCUGCGGAGAACAUCUCACAGCCCCUUCCGCAAGCCUCUUGUUAAGUAUCUCAACCGCUACCCGAAGGAGAGCUUGGCAUUUUUCCUUGCUCGCUUUAAGGAUGAGGGCUAUGGCCGCUUCUUUGGACAAAUCUUAGCCGACCCGGAGAGUGAGGCUCUGCGCAAUGCCGUGGUGGCUGACACCGACAAUUUCACCUCAAUCGCGUUUGGGCAGGAUGGUACGGACGAGAAGAGGAACACUGCUGCAAUCAAUGGUGUUUACGUUGCACACUCCAUUUGCUCAUACACUUCCACUAAGCGUUGGCUGGUUUCCCACGCGGAUCUGAGGAAUAAGCUCCUGACCUCUGGGCGAGAGCUGGAGCGGAAGUUGCGAGGCGAUAGCUUGCCUCCUGGUGAGCGUCUCCGUGUCGAGCAGGCUGAAGACCAGUUGAUGGAUAUCUUUACCGUCUACUUGGCGGAAGCUUCGCACGACCUGGAUUUCCUGUUCGAGGUCAUUGAUGGAUUAUCUGUCGACGAGUUCAAGCGUACGCUGGCUCUUCCCAAAUUCGUCUAUAACCAUAUCAUCACCAAUGAAUCGAUUGACUACCGGCGAUCUGUCAUCAUGCGCUGCCUCGACCUUUACGGUCAGCGAGCUUGCUCCCAGAAGACCAAGACUUAUGCAUUCCGCCACCUGGUAAACCCGAUAUUUGCCAUGGACGUUCAGACCACGUGGAAUAGCCCGGCAAAUACCCCUAAGCUGAUGGAUAAAAGCAUGACUGAAUCCAUCCAGAGUCGCCUGUGGAAGCCCCAACUGGCUGAUUUGAGCGAGGAGUCGAGCCAAGCUGGAGUCGAUCAUUCCCGCAUGGAGUUGCUGCAAUUGUCUGCCUUGUUGAUCAAGUAUCAUCACCACACUGUGCAGGACUCUCGGAAAGACAUCAUCAAGUUUGCCUGGAACUACAUCCGCCUUGAGGACAUCAUCAAUAAAUAUGGCGCCUACGUACUGAUCAGCUACUUCAUCGCCCACUAUGAGACACCUUUCAAGAUUGUGAUUCAGGUCUAUGUUGCCUUGCUGAGAGCCCAUCAAAAUGAAGGGCGAGCUCUGGUUACUCAAGCCCUUGAUGUUUUGGCUCCUGUUCUACCCACGCGGACCUCCGGCAACCAAGGUCCUGAAGCGCGUUAUCCGUUGUGGGCAAAAUGGCCUCGCCGUAUAUUGGCCGAGGAGACUGCCAAUUUGCAACAAGUUAUGAGCAUCUUCCAGUUUUUGGUGCGACAGCCAGGUCUCUUCUACGAGUCUCGGGAACAUUUCGUGCCUCUCAUCGUCCCCUCGCUUAUGAAGAUUGCUGGCCCGCCCAACACCUCAAACGACAGCAAGAAGUUGGCUCUCAACCUGAUUGACCUUAUCUGGCUUUGGGAGGAGAAGCGUGUUAAGCUGUCCGAAGCAAGCUCUACCGUGCCCAAUGGAGUUAUUGAGUCGCCGAAUGCGAGGAAACGCAAGCUGGAGGAAACCCGGGAGACAGCCUCCGCAUCUCCUUCGCUUGGACCCCCAUCCAGCCGGGAACGGUCAGACUACACAGUACCUCCUGAGCUCCGUGGCACUUUGAUUAAGUAUCUCAUCACAUUCAUUACCAUCAUUCCUGAGCGCUUUUUGGUCCCCGCUGCUCAAAUUCGCCAAAUGACCACCAAUAAGCAGCCACCUCCGCCGGCUGUUCCUACCGGUGAAAUGAUCAACAAGGCUGUCAAGCUUCUCCGGAACCUGCUUUCGAAGGACUACUGGGGAGAUCUGGACAUCGAUCUCUAUCAAAAGGUGACAGAGCCCAUCCUAACCGGAGAAAAGGCAGAUAAGCCCGAUGAUAAGCAGAUCACUCCCAUCGUCAACGCCUUGCAGGUCUUGCGGGUGCUUAUUGCGGCCAAGCCUGACGAGUGGAUUACGGCUCGUCUCCCAACAAUACAGAAGCUCCUUGAAAAGCCUCUGAAGUCUGACAACCCUGAGAUUCAAGAUUGUUUGCAUGGUCUGGAGGAUGAUAUGGAUAUUUCCCCUAAGUUGCCGCCUCCCGUUCGCCGUGUCCUCGAGGCCAUUCCGGACGAUCAGCCUGACGAUGAAGAUGCUAUGGAUACUGAGAGCACCCCGUCGGAGUUUGCUACAUUCCUCUCGGCGAUUGCCACUGAGACUCUCUCAGCCAGCAACUACACUGCCAGCUUGAACACGCUCUGGACACUCUCCAAGCUCAAACCCGCCGAGAUCGAUACGCACAUUCCUGCUGUCAUGAAGGCCUUCUCGCAGAAGCUUGCCAAAGAACACGUUGCCGCCUCUACCAACCAGAACGGUCAACAGCCUCAGACGGGCCAGAAGCCUGCUGAAGGAGUUCCUGAUCAGCAGGAGUUUGAGUUGGGUGUUGAUCUCAUAUUCAAGACCAUUGAGCUCAUCUCCGUUCGGAUGUCUCAUCUUGGUGAUCAGCGUCGUCCAUUCCUCAGCGUACUGGCUUCAAUCGUUGAGCGGUCCCAGAACAUCAAGUUGUGUAGUAAGGUUUUGGGUAUGGCUGAGUCUUGGAUUUUCCACUCGACCGAGUCAUGGCCCACCCUGAAGGAGAAGACAGCCGUCUUGCACAAGAUGUUGCUCUUCGAGUCUCGGCCUGAUCAGACUAUGCUGAAGAAAUUCCUUGAUCUCGUCAUUCGCAUCUAUGAGGACUCCAAGAUUACCCGUACUGAGUUGACCGUCAGACUGGAGCAUGCCUUUUUGAUCGGUACUAGAGCUCAAGAUGUCGAGAUGCGGAAUCGGUUUAUGACCAUUUUCGAUAAGAGUUUGACUCGCCUUGCAAGCUCCCGAUUGAGCUACGUGUUGACUUGCCAGAACUGGGAUACUCUUGCUGAUUCUUUCUGGCUGACCCAAGCCUCUCACCUGGUCCUUGGUUGUGUUGAUAUGAACACCACGGCUCGACUCCACCAAGAUGAUUUCACCUUGUACCCUCUCUCGUUCCUUUUUACAGGUGGCGAAAAGGAUUCUAGAAAGCCCGACAUUAUGGUGGAUAGCCAGCUAGAAACUUUUGUCGCUGAACGUAGGCGUUUCAUGUCCGACAUCGGCGACGUCAGGGUUCGCGAUUUGAUUGAGCCUCUAUCUCAGCUCCAGCAUACUGACCCACAGGUGGCCUACAAGCUGUGGACCACGCUCUUCCCUAUCUUCUGGUCUACUUUGACCAAGGAUGAUCGCAUCGAUCUUGAGAAGGGAAUGGUCACUCUGCUCACUCGCGAGUACCACCAGCGCCAAUUGGACAAGCGGCCCAACGUUAUACAAGCUCUUCUUGAAGGUGUUGUGCGUGCCAGCCCGCGCUUCAAGGUUCCUCCACAUGUCAUGAAGUAUCUCAGCCGUACCUACGACGCUUGGUACACUGCCGCGACAUACCUGGAGGAAAGUGCCAUCAAGCCGAUUAUCGACACCCCAACCGUCCGUGAGAGCAACCUGGAUGCACUAGUUGAGGUUUACGCCGGCCUUCAAGAAGACGAUUUCUUUUAUGGCACAUGGCGCCGCCGUUGCAAGUUUGUUGAAACCAAUGCAGCGCUGUCCUACGAGCAACAGGGAAUGUGGGAUAAGUCUCAGCAGCUCUACGAAAACGCGCAAAUCAAGGCACGCUCUGGAGCGAUGCCUUUCUCGCAGGGUGAAUACUUUGUGUGGGAAGAUCACUGGCUGAUCUGCGCCCAGAAGCUUCAACAGUGGGAGAUCUUGAGUGAUUUUGCCAAACACGAGAAUUUGAAUGAUCUCUUACUGGAGGCUGCGUGGAGAAACAUUGAAAACUGGCAGAGCGAAGGUACUCGAGAGCAACUGGAGUCCUUGAUCAAAUCUGUUUCUGAUGCUCCUACUCCGCGACGCACCUUCUUCCAGGCUUUCAUGGCCCUUCUCCAGUAUCACAUGAAGAAGGAGAAUAUGCAAGAUUUCAACAGUGUCUGUGAUGAGUCUAUCCAACUCUCCAUUCGCAAGUGGCUGCAGUUGCCGAAGCGCAUCACCAAUGCCCAUAUUCCCAUUCUGCAGCAUUUCCAACUGUUGGUUGAGCUGCAUGACGCCAGCCAUAUCUGCGCCAGCUUGUCUCAGACCAAUGAGCGCAACUUGGACACCAAGUCGGCGGAGUUGAAGCUUCUCCUUGGAACCUGGCGGGACCGGUUACCAAACCUGUGGGAUGAUAUCAACACUUGGCAGGAUCUUGUCACCUGGCGACAGCACAUCUUCCAGCUUAUCAAUCAGACCUACCUCAGUCUACUUCCUCCACAAACCAACAAUGUGGCCAGCAACUCCUACGCCUACCGCGGAUAUCACGAGACGGCGUGGAUCAUCAACCGCUUCGCGCACGUGGCUCGAAAGCACCAAAUGCCUGAGGUCUGCAUCAACCAGCUCAGCCGCAUUUACACGCUGCCCAACAUCGAAAUCCAAGAAGCGUUCCUCAAGCUUCGGGAGCAGGCCAAGUGCCACUACCAGAAUCCUAAGGAACUCAACAGUGGAUUGGAUGUAAUCAACAACACCAACCUCAACUACUUCGGACCACAGCAGAAGGCCGAGUUCUACACUCUCAAGGGCAUGUUCCUUGCCAAGCUCGACCAUGUCAACGAGGCCAACGAGGCUUUUGGAGUUGCUCUCUACUACGAUCUCCGACUCGCAAAGGCCUGGUCUGAAUGGGGACAGUACAGCGACCAACGCUUCAAGUCUGACCCAGCGGACUAUGAAUUGGCUAGCAAUGCUGUUAGCUGUUACUUGGAGGCGGCAGGUCUCUACAAGAGCGCUAAGUCGCGGAAGUUGCUCAGUCGUAUUCUCUGGCUUCUUAGUUUGGACAACGACGAAGGACAGAUUGCGAGCGCAUUUGAAAAUUUCAAGGGAGACACUCCUGUCUGGUACUGGAUUACCUUUAUCCCUCAGCUUCUCACGAGCUUGUCUCAUCGCGAGGCGCGUCUGUGCAAGGCUGUACUGGUAAAGAUUGCCAAGCUUUACCCCCAGGCUCUCUUCUUCCUCCUUCGCACGAAUCGGGAGGACAUGCUGAGUAUCAAGAAACAGCAUGACCAAAAGCAGGAGAAACUGAACAAGGCCAGACAACAAGCUCAACACCAGCAGGGAUCUUCACCACAUACCAAGCCACCUACAAGUGGCGAAGCGUCAUCCUCUCCUGCGCAGAAGGCCCAAGGCAAUGCUCCAGCCCCGAGUGCCUCCCCCGCCGGGCAGGUAGCGAACUUGCCGACAGCACCAUCUCCAGCUCAACCAACACAGAGCCAGUCUCCUGCCCAGCCACCGAACCAACAGGUGCAGGCUUCGCCGCGUCAGGGUCAGGGCCAAAGCCCCAAUCCGGGCCAGGCCCAGGGACAGCAACAGCAAGGUCACCUCCAAGUGCCAGGUCAAAGUGGAACAUCACAGCAGAACCAAGGCGCCUCUUCGACAGAGUCCAUUGAAAAGGAGCCCCUCAGAAAGCCGUGGGAGUACUCAGACGAGAUCAUGUCUGGCCUGAAAACUGCGUUCCCAUUGCUUGCUCUCUCCAUGGAAACAAUGGUCGACCAGAUUCACAAGAACUUCAAGUGCCCGCCCGACGAGGAUGCUUACCGUCUUAUUGUCGCUCUGCUGAACGAUGGACUGGCGUACGUGGGGCGAAUGCCUGGCUCCUAUGCACAGGAUUUCAAGCUUCCCACUGCAACCGAAGCCAAUAUCACCCGGUUCGCAGAGACUAUCCUUCCUGCGCAUAUUCGCAAAUCCUUCGAGGCAGACUUUGUUGUCAAGAAACCGACUAUGCACGAGUACAUACAGAAGCUUCGUCGCUGGCGUGACAAGUUCGAGGAGAAGCUCGACCGCCGACCUCAAUCUGGAUUCCUUGAGAGCUACUCGCCGCAUCUUAGUGAGUUCCGCUUCCUCAAAUUUGACGAAGUUGAAGUUCCCGGACAAUACCUCCUUCAUAAGGACAAGAACCAGGACUUUGUUCGCAUCGAUCGCUUCCUGCCCGAUGUGGAUCUGGUACGGGGUAUUGGUGUCUGUCACCGUCGGCUUAAGAUCCGCGGCCACGAUGGUAGCAUCCAUGCCUUCGCUGUUCAACAUCCUGCAGCACGCCACUGCCGACGCGAAGAGCGCAUUCUUCAGUUGUUCCGAAUCUUCAACGGGCUACUGGCCAAGCGCAAGGAGAGCCGGCGCCGCAAUCUGUACUUCCAUCUUCCUCUGAUGGUCCCGCUGGCACCGCACAUUCGUCUGGUCCGUGAUGACUCAUCGUACAUAUCCAUGCAGGGUAUAUAUGAAGACUACUGCCGACGAGUUGGCAUGAACAAGGAUGAGCCGGUUCUUUUUACCAUGGACCGUAUGCGGUCUCUGGCAGAGACAAAGCAGAACCGUACGGCCGAUCAACAGCAGGUUCUUCGCACCGAGAUCUUGACCGCAAUUCAAGACAAAUGGGUCCCUAGCACAGUGGUGUUGGAGUACUUCCAGCAGACGUACCCCAAUUUCGCAGACUUCUGGCUGUUCCGACGCCAGUUUGCCUAUCAGUACGCGGCAGUUGCCUUCAUGACCUAUGUGAUGCACAUUGGCAACCGGUACCCAAACAAGAUCCUGGUGUCGCGCUCGACAGGCGACAUCUGGGGUGCGGAGUUGAUCCCGACUAUCAACCCGGCCAAGGCGAUCUUCUACAACCCCGAGCAGGUGCCUUUCCGGUUCACUCCCAAUAUCCAAACCCUACUGGGUCCCAUUGCAACCGAGGGUCUGUUUGCCUGUGCCAUGAUGGCGAUCGCUCGCUGCCUGACGGAGCCCCGGCACGAGCUGGAGCAGCAGCUGAGCGUUUUUGUGCGCGACGAAAUGAUGUUCUGGGCUACUGCUCAGCAUCGUGGCAACCUGGGAGUCCCGCAACUGCGCGAGUUGGUUUACAACAACAGCGAGAUCAUUGUCAACCGCGCUGUCAGCCUUGCUAGCCCACCCGAGGGCAACCUGCCUGCCAACCAGACUACGAUUGAUCUGGUCUCGCGGGCCGUGAAUCCGCAGCACUUGGCCUCGUGCGAUGCGUUGUGGAUGCCGUACCUCUAA